AUGGACCGUAGGCGACCUUGGCAAGACGAUGAUGUCGAAACUUCUCACCUUCCACGGCGACAAAAAACCUCGCAUCAUGAUGAUGCGCGGCGCUUUCUACCACACGAUUGCUAUACCAUUGCCUGGAUUUGCGCCCUUCACAUAGAAAUGGCAGCUGCUCGAGCCAUGCUGGACGAGGAACACCAAGCCCCAGUCGCCUUCACGAACGACAGCAACACCUACUCGUUGGGGAGCAUUCGGGGACAUAACGUGGUCAUCGCGUGCCUGCCCAAUGCGCAGUAUGGGACAAACAACGCAGCGAACGUACUGACGAACCUGACUCGGACAUUCCGGUCAGUCAACCUCGGUCUAAUGGUCGGGAUCGGAGGCGGUGUGCCGAGCAUGGCAGACGUGAGGUUAGGCGAUAUUGUUGUCGGAACGAGGGUGAUGCAGUACGACUUGGGGAAGAUCGUCGAAGACGGACAGAUACGACGUACGGCAGUCCCCAAGACUCCUCACCAGACAUUCGGUUCAGCGGUAUCAGCCUUACGAUGCGAACAUGAGCUGCGACCCAGCUAUAUCCCAGUCAUCCUUGAAGAUAAGCUGGGGAACCACCCUGGUUACUGUCGUCCAGCAUUACCCGAUCAACUUUUCCCCGCGACAUACGAGCACGAGGCCUCUACGCCUGAUUGCAGCAGAUGUGACCAGUCGAAGCUGACACCACGACGCGGACGGCUCUCGCAGGACCCAUCCAUACAUUACGGUGUCAUUGCUUCUGGAAACCAAGUCAUGAGAAGCGGCACUGUCCGGGAUAAUGUUGCCCGGCAGUUGGAUGCUGUGUGUUUUGAAAUGGAGGCCGCUGGUCUCAUGGACAUUCUCCCUUGCCUUCCAAUCCGGGGUAUCUGUGAUUACUCAGAUUCUCAUAAGAAUAAAGAGUGGCAGAGAUAUGCUGCGGCAACGGCGGCUGCCUACGCUACAGAACUGCUGGCACUACUUCCCAACGCCUAUGGCCAUAGACGACCUUCCCACCAGUCUCAUCUUGCUCAACCUACUCAGUGGUCAGAUUUCCCGCAAUCUGGACCUGCAACUGUCCAAGACCGAGCCGCUGGUCAGAACAUGUCGGACGACCGACGGCGAAACUUGCUGGAUUCCUUGAAAUUUGACAACAUCGAUUCUCGAAAAGUCGACAUCAGGGCUGCUCAUGCCAAAACCUGCCAAUGGUUUUUGAGUCACCCAGACUACCUGGCCUGGCUCGACCCGAGUCGGAUGAAGGAACACCGUGGUUUCCUAUGGAUCCGAGGCAAACCAGGAGCCGGCAAAUCAACAAUCAUGAAGUUUAUCUACUUACGAACAAAAAAGGCACGCAAGACACGAGGUGUCAUUGCUUCCUUUUUCUUCCAUGCGCGAGGCGAGCAACUCGAAAAGUCUGUCGCAGGAAUGUAUCGUUCGCUGCUUCUCCAACUUUUAGAAGGCUACCCCGAUCUCCAAGCCGUGUUGGAUGACCCUGAUGUUGUUCCCCGUACUCAAAGUGGGUGCCCCUCGUUGAAUAUACUUAAGGAUAUCUUCACGGCCUCGGUUUCCCGCCUCGGCUCCCGCCCAUUCACUUGUUUUGUCGACGCCCUUGACGAAUGCGACGAACAGCAGGUACGGGCUAUGGUUCAGGAUCUUGAGGAACUGGCGGACGAGUCAACAGAGAAGGGUCAACUCCUCCGUAUCUGCUUCUCCAGUCGACACUACCCCUAUAUCAACAUACGACAUGGCAUACAUCUUACACUGGAUGGCCAACCCGGUCAUGUGAAUGACUUGACCAACUACGUAACGAGCCGCCUAAAUAUUAAGGACCCCAAGCUUGUCGAUGAGCUUCAAGGCCAAAUUCUAGAGAAAGCCGCCGGUGUGUUCUUGUGGGUAAUUCUCGUGGUCGAAAUUCUCAACAAGGAAAACGGAAGGGGCCGCCUGGCUCUUAAGAAGAGACUCAAAGACAUUCCAGACCAACUGAGCGAGCUUUUCAAGGAUAUCCUGAGACGAGAUAAUCAGAACAUGGACCAGUUGCUUCUGUGUGUCCUAUGGAUCCUGUUGGCGAAGCGGCCAUUGCGACCCAAUGAGUUUUAUCAUGCCCUGUGGUCUGGACUAUCUCCACAGGGUCUGGUUGAUGACGAAGUACCCGACGUAACCAGUCAAGACUCUGGCGAUACUAUCACUAGCUGUGUCGUCAGCUAUUCCAAAGGGCUCGCUGAGAUCACAAAGUCAAACCAGCCAAUCGUACAGUUCAUCCAUGAAUCAGUCCGAGACUUCCUCGUCAAAGAUAAGGGUCUCCAGGAAAUAUGGCCCGCCGUUGGGUAUGACUGGGAGUGCCAGGGCCACGAUAGACUCAAACAGUGCUGCUUCGUCUACAUGAAUUACCAUAUGGCACCCGGAAGUCUCUCAAUACACUCGCCAGCUGCCCAUGAGGAACAUCACGACAAUGAUGCAAAUAACUUUCCGUUCUUGGAGUAUGCCAGUCAUCAUGUCCUUUUGCACUCGGAUGGUGCCGAACUGGCCAUCUCUCAGGAAAAUUUCCUCUCAGACUUCCCUCUUUCUCUAUGGAUUCCCAUUUAUAAUCAGUUCGAAAGGUAUCAGAUCCGACGAUACAGUUCGCAGGCAAAACUACCCUAUAUUCUUGCAGAUAUGGGGCUCGCGAGGCUUGUCCACAAAAUACCUGCAGACGAAAUGCAUGCUUGCUACCCUGAAGAGAGGUACAAAUACACUUUGUUUGCGGCUUUGGCCAAUGGUCACAAAGACGCUUUUGCCUCUAUACUAGGCCUGACUUCGCGCAUCUACAACGGAGGCGACAUUACAGAGGGCCUUAGCCAUCGAAGAAAUGACCCGGCGCUGAAGGAAUUUAAACCCUUAACCUGGGCUGCUCAGGCUGGCCGCAAAGACAUAGCCAGACUGCUCCUAGCGAAAGGGGCAGACAUCAAUGAGAAGGAUUACAAGGGGAAGACACCAAUCUGUGAGGCAAUUCUAGCAGGUCAUAAAGAAGUUGUAAGGGUGCUUCUUGAAAGGGGGGCAGAUGCUGAAGAUACCCUUACUUUUGCCUCAAGAGACGGUCAUGAAGAAGCUGUAAGGAUGCUUGUUGAAGGGGGAGCAGAUGCUAAUUCUGGAGGUGCCCUUGCUUUUGCCUCAAUAGGAGGCCAUAAAGAAGUUGUAAGGGUGCUUCUUGAAAGGGGGGCAGAUGCUAAUUCUGCAGGUGUCCUUACUUCGGCUUCAAUAAGAGGUCAUAAAGAAGUUGUAAGGGUGCUUCUUGAGGGGGGGGCAGACGCUAACAGUCUGGUCCUUGGGAAUAAAACCGCGCUCUAUCAUGCCCGCCAGAACGGCUACACGGAAAUUGCACAGCUCCUUCUCGAUCAUGGAGCUGAAGCAGACUGA